AGUUGCGUCUCGGCGGUAUUCCUCUCUCUGUUCUACUUUCUCGUAACGCGCUUCGCCUUUCGGUCCCUUCUCCCGUUUUCUCCGUAUUUCCCUCCGUGUCCUCGAGGUAGAGCCGCGUCAUUUGCCGGUUGACAGUUUCACGAACACUCUCGCAACGGUUACUGUGUCGUCGCGACGCAGUUUUCUGCGCGAAAAACGCAUGGUUCUCUCACCUCGCUUUCUGCGCGUGCGACCGGCAAAAGAUGACGUCGACGAGCAGAGUGCGAAAACAGUGAUGCCGUAAAGAUCUCUCUGUCGUUUAAAGAUCUUCGAUAUUGACAAAGCUGGGUGGGCGCGCAUUGUAUAGAUCGCGGCGAAACAGAAGCGAUUAAUUGGUGAUUAUCGUAAUCAACAGAUUACCAGUAGUAUAUCCGGCGCGAACUGAUAAGAGCUCGAACGUACUCUUGAAGUCGCAAAGGCAAACUUUAGCGAAGCCGUUUUUUGUUUUUCUGUUUUUUUUUUAGUUUUUUGGACAUUUUUCUAAGCGCGCAAGAUGCAAAAGAAGAAAUGCGGAAAGGGAGUUCGUGGAAUCCGGUCAUUCGUCGUAUUGCCACUGAGAUUUUGCGCUAAUCUGAAACUCCGUGUCAAGGCCAGUGUCAACUUGCGGCGAAUAAUUUGUGAAUCGUAAAAAAAAAAGCAACAGAUCGUAGCAGAUAGCACGAACGUCGAGAAUUGUGAUCAUCAAUGAAUCGAUCGUAUCCCGAAGCGUUCCAACUUGAAACUUGGAAAGUUUUAUCGAACUUGCGUGUAAAAUCCGGUGGGAAUAUAGCGUUUAUGUCGGGAGAAAAGAGACUCCGCACGAUCGAUGAUAUCCAGUAUAAAAAUUAUAUAUAUGUGUGUAUAUAUAUCAAGACGAUAGAAUAAGUUUCCGAGGGAAUGUGACAGAACACAUUUUGACGUCUGAUGAACGAUCGAUUAGACACAAAAAAAAACCUCGCAAUAUAUAAAGAGACCGAGAACCUUAUCGCGCAUACGAACGGUUUUAUUAAAAUUGCGAGAUUAAGAUUACAAUUGCGUCGUUAAACCGACUAAUUUUACUUCGGCCGGUAAACAAGUCGCUGUUGUUUUUCGCGAUAGCACGCCGUUUUGGCCGACGACGACGACGACGACGACGCUACUUGUUCUCCAAUAUGGCGAGCGUCGGCGAGCGACGCCGGAAACACCUGCUGCGAGCUGCACUUCCAGUGUUUACCGGUACAGCUGAGUGACUGUUGACUGGAAGAUAAACACAGAUAUGUCGCAUUAACGUUAUAUUGACAGUUGUGUCGCAAAACUUGCGCGGGUAAUAUUGAUUGAAAGCGGAGUGAAAAGCUCUCGUGUGCGUUUUCGCGAUGUGAAAUGGCCAACGACAACGAAUGAACGCUUGGUCGACUGGACGAAUAAAGGAAAUUUUCCUCAAAAAAGAGAAGAAAAUAUAUAUUUAUUUAUCGAUAAACAUAUACGUCUCAAGUGUACAAGAUGUGGCAACAACAGCAGCAGCAAGCGUAUUUGAGUAGUAUGUCCUCGCAGCAUCCGCAACAACAGACUAUUCACCCGGUGUCGGUCAUUAACACGAAUGAUCAUUCGCAUCAGCAGCAGCAUCAGCAUUAUCAGCAUUAUCACCAGCAUCAACAUCGUUCGACCAUUAUGGAUCUACCGGUACCAAGCAAUCCACGUGCGUCGCGCAACAUGGCGGAGAAGCAACGCCGUGACAAUCUCAAUACCAAUAUUGCGAGGAUGGCUGCUCUCGUGCCAAUCGUCGCUGUAAACUCUCGGAAGAUGGACAAGAUCUCUAUCUUGAGAUUGGCCGCUGCUUUCUUGAGAACGCAAUAUACGCUCGGAAGUGGCUCGACAAAUUUUCUCCCGCGGCAAUUUGUCGAUUUCGAUUUGGAGCAAUAUUUCGUUGAUCACAUUGUUGGCUCCAAUGGAUUUUUUCUUGUCAUCACUACAACGGGAAAGAUCGUAUACGUCAGUCGACAUGUGGAGCAACAUCUUGGCCAUGUUCAAAACGAAAUGUUGGGUCAGUCUUUGUACAGCUUCGUUUAUCUCGAGGAUCAUGACGAGCUCAAGCGUAACCUUUCGACCGAAGAUAUCCAGUCGACGACGGCGAAGGGUAACAUCUCGCAGAUAUCGGAGCUGGUGCAUGAUAACAACUCCAGCUCUUCUGAGGACUCGACGACGAAUCACAAGCCGAACGAAAGGCUAAAGUUCUUUCGGGAACAAAGACGGAACUUUUCAAUUCGCCUGGCACAGCGCACCGUGUCCAAGCGCAACACCACGCAGUACGAGUGUUUCGAAAUCUCGGGGGUGCUCCGGCUCGCGGACGCUUGCAAGAACGCGGAUCUCAACGGAAACAAGGGAAAGUAUCGAGAGACCAGCACCACCAACGACAUUGUUUUCGCCGGCAUAGCAACCCUACCGAAGAAACGGCUCAUCACCGACCUGUCGAUACUGGAUAUGUAUAAGGACGAGUACGUAACGAGGCAUUUGGUCGAUGGCCGUAUCAUUUAUUGCGAUCAUAGAAUAUCCCUUAUCGCCGGUUACAUGUCGGAAGAGGUGUCGGGCGAGAACGCGUUCAAAUACAUGCACAAGGACGACUUUAGAUGGACAAUGAUCGGCCUACGUCAAAUGUACGAUCGCGCCGAAACAUACGGCUCGUCGUGCUACAGAUUGUUCACGAAGAACGGAGGUUUUAUCUACUUGAGAACUCACGGCUAUUUGGAAUUCGACAAAGACACGCAAACGGUGGAGUCUUUUGUCUGCGUCAAUACAUUAGUAUCGGAAGAGGAAGGCAUAGAGCUCAUGAAGGAGAUGAAAACAAGAUUCUCCGCGAUUGUGUCAUCGGCCAGCAAGAAUCUGAUUCUCGAUAGUACGCUGUCGACAGAUUUGGACUCCAACAUAUCUUCUCGUCCGGAAAGCAAUCUCGAGACGACGCAGAAGAUCGAAGACGCCAUUAAUCAGCUGAUCAGCGAUCUACCUUCGCCGGCCGUGUCGGAAGAUCAUUUCUCGCCCGCGCCCGCGCCAGACUCGCAGUUCGUGAAAGCCGUCAUGUUCUCCAAGGGUAUGCCACCGGCGGCCACGCAGGCCAAGGAGAUCGGCAUCAACAAGAUCGAUCGUUAUAUUUUAAAUGGCAAGCGCAAUCGGAAAUUGAGCCAGGACUCGAACGAUCACACGAUGAACAAGUCAUUCAAUCCCAGCAGUGCGGAGCAAAGCCCGAUUUCAGACGCAGAAAGCCCGAAAGUGUGCGGAAAGAAUCUGGCGAUGCUUGACAUAAAGAACACUCAUGUUCACAACAACAUACCCAGUAACAUUCACAACAAUAUUCAAAGCGCCAAUAUGUCUCUGCAAUCGAACGUUCUCGUUACCAAUAAUACAAAUCCUUGCGUUUCUUGCAAUCCUACAUCGCGUCGGAACGUUCCUAAAGCCGUAAACGUUCUGAAGCAAGAAAGGAUAGAACAACAUGCAACAUGCAACGUGAACAUGUCGCCGAGUUCUGUGCAGGAAAGCAUCAGAAUGGAACAGAAGCCUGAGACGUUUAAUAAUCGUAUGAUAAAGCAAGAACCGUCGGUGCAGUAUUUCGACGACAAUACAAACGACAGUUCGGUCAUUUCAUCGGGAUUGACUUCUCCUAGUAUCGAAACGCAUAAUCGCGGCCCGUUAAAAAGAAUAUGCGACGACGACAUCUCGGCGACGCAUAACAAAAGGCGAUCGAACGACGUAUACGCGUCGACAAACGGCAUCGGCACAGCAGAACAGCAGAACGCUUCCUACUUGAAAUGCAAGAUCUACGCGACCGAAAACAAAUAUCCGGCCUUCUCGGCAGGUUUGAAUCAGUAUAAUGAUAUCAGCCCGCAGCCUCUCCUGAUAGAAUCGCCUAACUCGAGUUUGCACGAAGUCACAGCGGAUAGCUAUCAACACCUAGCGGAUCCGCUAGGUACAAUGCAUUCUGAUGACGAGCAAUUUGACGACAUGCUUUUGGGCCCGGAACUGAAAAAUCCAGAACUCAUGAUGAAGUUAUUCGAUAAUCUUCAUCCCGAACCUGUACCGAAUCUGAAUUAUGAAAAUUUCAAUGAAGCAAAAGUGCAGCAAUUUCUUUCUGCCAAUCAAGCGGUAAAUGAUGAAAUAAGGCGCACGUGUGAUGAAUUAGCAGACAGCAUGGCGUUCCGCGAGUCUCAAAUCAACGGAUUGAAGCAUGAGCUCGAAUAUAAACUUCUAAGCGCUCAAAGAGAGAACUUGUCACAGUUACAAGUUGAACAUAACAUGCAGAAGCAAAUGCUCAGAAAUUUACAACAUGACCAUCGUAAGAUGCAAUUGAAUACAAAACACACCCAUGGAGUGUAAAAAGUAGGAUUGUUUUGCAAAUUUGAUUGAAAAACAUCCUUGAAAAGCAUCCAAAGCGAGCUUAAUAGAGUGUAUUCUCCGGAAUUAAGCAGAGCAGGCUUCAAGAAUUACUUAGGAGACUGAAAUAAGAAUCGGCGUAUGUGUAAUUCGUUUGAUGAUGAAUUUAUAGUGUUUGUUCUGUUAUACGUUCCGGAAUUUUGUUGCUUCCGAAUUAUCGAUCUCAAAACAAAAAAAAAAGGAAAGAUUUGCAAUUUUUAGUAAUCGUCGUAAGUACAAUAACAAAGUUCACAUCGGCUUAUGUCAAUAUGGAUCAGAUGGAGGCGUUCUAUGUGAAUUCACUUCACUCAUUUUAUGGGAAAAAGAAAAAACUCGCUUGAGGCACUGGUGAUUCGUAUAUAUGUCAAGUAGUUUGUUUGAGUUCGGAUCUAUCGAUCAAAAAACAAAAGUGUAAGAAAUCCAACGAAGAGACAUCGAAGAAAAGAACUUGCACAGACUAGUCAAACAAUUGACGUGUACAAAGUGGUUCUUUCUCUGUGUUUUUUCUCUUCCUUUUCUUAAUCUCUGUGCGACCGAGAAGAGUUGUUACAUGUAUUGCUAUGCGAAAAGAUGCGUUUUUUUGCUCGCUAACAGAUCGUGCAGAUCGUAUACAAGGGCAAAAUGGGUUUGUUGUGGAACGACAGUCGCAUCUCAAGCAGAUCUCCUAUACGACCGACUGUUACGCAGUUGGCAGUUUUCAAAUUUUAUGAUAGACUUGUAUAUACAUAAGUAUACACAUUCGAUUUUAACGCAGCAACGUUGUGCGGUACUUUCCUCGCGCUAAUUUAAUUGCUCGUCGCAAGACCGGCUGAGCUUAAAAACUACCUCUGUGGUUAUGCAUGUAUCGGAUGGAUACAAAACCAGCUUUUAUUCUUAUCGGUUAUAAUUGCAAACGCUGUAUACGAAGAAUUAAUAAUACUCAAAGUGCUGUUUUAUAUAUCUUUUUUUUUUUUAUAAAUUGCAAAUUAUACUGUUGCACUUGUAAAAUGCGAAAAAAAUGA